CAUCAACAUGUGCGGUAUCACCGAUGGCACUGAAGCAAGAUAAACAGCAUUUCCACCCUUGAUAAAACAAUUCUUGGUUACAUCUGGGCGCCGAGAGCUUGAAAUUUAUGGUGGAUUACUUUUCAAAGAACCAAUCUGAGGGCCAUCAUUGAACCCUCUUGGUAAAGUCUGUUUCAUCAUUCAAUUGAUUCAAGAUCAUUUUAGGACACUUUCUUGGUGAGGUUAUUUUCAUGGCUGCCUCCUCCUCGUCAUUUGCUUCUUCAAAAGAGACAACCAAUUAUGCCAGGCUUUGCCGUCUCCUGGCAGGCAUUGGAUCUCAGGUACUGCGAUCCACUUUUGACAAAAUACAUCCACCGGCGAAUCUGCAAAACGUUUUGGGAAGUAAAUCUGUGCACUACCCUACAUUGCAAAAACUGUACAGAGGGAAAAAGAAAGUGCUGAAUCCCACUCAAUGGGGGAAGCUUUACCCUGCCCAUUCGCCCGUGUCAUCCGCAGCCUUUGACAUCACACUCCUGACAGUGCUACUUAGAAAUAUCUGUGGUUUGAGUCCUCCUGCCACUGGUUGGGACCGUCUUCCCUCACCUGCAAGCACAAGCAUCGCUGAUGACAUCGCCAGGGUGAAGUAUUACAGGAACGCUGUAUACGGCCAUGCUUCUCAAGCCUUUGUGGAUGAUAGUAGUUUCAGUGCUUAUUGGCAGGAAAUACGAGAAGCUUUGGUGAGACUGGGAGGAGCUCAAUUUCGAGUUGAUAUCGACAAUCUUGAGCACGACUGCAUGGAUCCGGAUAUCGAGGAACAUUAUCGUGAACUGAUGAAGCAAUGGAAGAAAGACGACGAUAGCAUCAAGAACAAACUUGAAGAGAUUGAAGAGAGCAUAAAACAGUCACUGCAGGAAUUCAGUAAAUUAAUGGACACCAAACUUACCAGGAUGGAGAUUGAAAUGAAGGAGUUGAAUGAAAAGCUGGGUAACCAGGCAGUCUCAGCUGAGGGUUGCAAGGAUGAAGGUGCUUUUGAUCCAACUGAGCUAAUCGAUGGAAUUCGCCAACUGUGCGAGAGUCGCGAGGGAUGGCUUUCACCAUUUCCAUGGUGUGAAGAGUUUCAGUAUUUUGUCGGUGAUAUUUUUACAAGGCUCACAGUGGUCAGAAGAAAGAAAACGAGAGGAGAAGUCACUGACAAGAUCAUUACCAUGUCGUCUCUCUUGAAUCCACACGAAGAGUGUUCAGAACCGAAAACGGUGUUAAUUGAAGGAAAACCUGGAAUAGGGAAAACUACCUACUGUAAAAAGUACGUUUAUGACUGGGCUACAAAAAAGCAGAACACCCAUGAUUGUGUCACAGACAUAAAAGUAGUGUUGUUCCUUAAAUGUCGUGAUAUCAAGUCCGAUAUUUGGGAAGCCAUUGAUGAUCAGCUUCUUCCCCGAGAUAUCGACGAAAACGUCAAAAAGCAAUUCUUCCAAUUUAUUCGUGCCAACCAAUCCAGCAUUUUAUUAAUAUUAGAUGGACUGGAUGAGUUACCUUCCAGUAAAGUGCCAAUGGUUUCAGAAAUAAUUGCCGGAAGAGUGCUUCAGAAUUGUAAGGUGGUGGCAACAGCACGACACGAAGCUGGAGUAAAGGUAAGAAAAUUCUGUGACACCCUGCUUCAGGUCGAAGGUUUUACUGAAGCACAAGCCAGAGAAUUUAUCGCCAAAUACUUUAAGGAAAAGUCAGAGUUAGCUGAAAAGCUCUCGGCACGAAUAUCACGCGAUGAAAACCUUAGAGAAAUGUGUGCCAAUCCAUUGAACACGGCCCUGCUUUGCGUUAUGUGCGAAGAAUUCGAUGGUACCCUUCCGGAAAAGAGAACUACGCUGUUCUUGAAUAUGAUUGAAUGUGUCUUAAGAAGAUAUAGGAAAAAGACAGAACUACCAGAUACGAAAGAAGAUCUUACAAACCUUUACAAACCGCAGUUGAAAACCCUUGGAUUUAUAGCGUUAAAUGGUUUAAAACAAGACAAGUUGGAUUUUGAAGAGAAUGAAUUAGGAAAGCAUGCCAGCGACUUGGCUGCCUUCGGAUUUCUGUCAGUUCAUCCCGGAGGAAGUAAACUGAGGCGGAGUCUGCGUUAUGCAUUUCUACACAAAACCUUUCAAGAAUGCUUCGCAGCAUUCUAUCUCUGUUGUGAGAUUCAAGAUAAACGAACUACCCCUAAGGAGUUAGUUUCAGAUGACCAAUAUUUCCUUACCACCCAGGUGCUAUUGUUCUCGUGCGGCAUUUUAGCAGAACAGUCCGAUCAAGAAGCUGAAGCUCUUGUCUCCAGUUUAGGAAAGCGGGUUAACAAUCCCGCCAGCAAAAACUGUCGGAGUGUCAAAUUUCUGUUGGAGGCCAUCAACGAAUGUAAAAGAAAGCAAGAUGAUUUUCACCUACGGCUAGCAAGAUGUUUUGGUAGCGAUUUGAACCAAACAGAUCUUUAUUUCGAAUAUCAGUUCCUAAGUGAAGGACUGGCGAUAAUCCUUUCCGAGGUAAUCAGAGCCAACGCGACCCUAAUUACUUUGGGCUUGUGUUUUGGAUGUAUGAGUGAUUCCGGUGCUACAUCUAUUGCGGAGGCAAUCAAAGUCAACAAGACUUUGACCUCUUUGGAUUUGUCUAACAAUCGUAUUAGUGAUGCCGGUGCUACAUCUAUUGCUGAGGCAAUCAAAGUCAACAAGAGUCUCACCGAUUUGAAAUUGUUUGGCAAUGGUAUCAGUGAUGCCGGUGCUAAGUCCAUUGCAGAGGUAAUCAAAGUCAGCGAGACUUUCACCUGCUUGGAUUUGUCUAACAAUCGUAUUAGUGAUGCCGGUGCAACAUCUAUUGCUAAGGCAAUCGAAGUCAACAAGGCUCUCACUCAUUUAAAAUUGUCUGGCAAUGGUAUUAGUAAUGCCGGUGCUGAGUCUAUUGCUUUUGCAAUCGAAAUCAACAAGACUCUCACCCAUUUGGAUUUAUCCUUUAAUGGUAUUAGGGAUGCCGGUGCUAGAUCUCUUGCUGAGGCAGUCAAAGUCAAUCAGACUCUGACCUCUUUGAAUUUGUCUAAGAAUCGUAGCAGUGAUGCCGGUGCUUCAUCUAUUGCUGAGGCAAUCAAAGUCAACAAGACUCUCACCAAUUUGAAUUUGUCUCGCAAUGGUAUUAGUGAUGUUGGUGCUCGUUCUAUUGCGGAGGCAAUCAAAAUCAACAAGACUCUGACCUAUUUGAAUUUGUCUUUUAACAGUAUUAGUGAUGCUGGUGUUACAUCUGUUAAAGAGGCAAGAAAAAUUAGCAAGACUCUCACCGAUUUGAAUUUGUUUGGCAAUAGUAUCAGUGAUGCUUUAUGUCCACACUCUGAAAACUGGAAAUUCUGA